AUGAACGGGCUCGAUCUGUCUCGGCCCAUGGUCGACUGCACGAUGAAUGGAAGCAGCGACGAAGGCGAGUCGACGUCUGGUGCGCCGACUGGAGGAGGCACCGGGUCCAACGAGGGCCAGGAAAUGGAGGAGAACGGUUCGAUUCGCGGUGGAAGCAACAGCUCCGCCAGCAAUUCCGUCUACAGGGAUCUCACCAGCCUUCACGCGACCAGCGGCCACGACGUGCCUCAGGAUUACAAUCCGCAGUCGAGGCCGGCUUAUCAGCGGGGAUAUUCACCUGCCAUGGACACGCAACAACAGAUCUACGAGAAGGAACAGUACAGGCCACCCUCGUCGAGGGACGACGAGAAAUCUUCGUGGGAUUACAGUGAGAAAACGGAGAGAAAGGAGUAUUCGAGAUCGCGGGACUACAGGAACGAGGCGUACCAAGACGCGACGAAACAGGAGCAGAAGGAUCAAUCGAGUCGCGAGUGGGUGUCACCGGUGCCGGAAGUGGAGGUAGGAGGUUCGGCACCGGGUGGCCCUCAGGUUCGAGCGCGAAAGGACAUUCCAAGGGGCGCGAGAUUUGGCCCUUUCCUCGGGAAAUGGGCGAGCGAGCCUUUCGACCUCCGUUACGCGUGGGAGGUUCGUACCGCAGGAAGUAGAGUGAGAGGGUGGUUAGACGCAUCCCAUGCAACGAGUAAUUGGCUGAAGUACGUUCGAAGCACCAGCAGUCCUCAUGCUGUUAACAUGCGACACGUGCUGAUUGGUGGACAGAUGGAGUACGAAACGGUGCGGGACAUAGCGGCGGGUGAAGAGCUGCUCCUCGGCGUUCGAGAACCUCUUCAGCUUCAGGACAUGCUCGGCGAAAAUACGACCGAGGACAGAAGCGACCGGGAGACUGCCUCGCAACACAGCGGCACCGUAGACGAGGACAAGGAGGACGAAGAGGAGGGGGAGACCAGAUGCCCCGUCUGCGACAAACCUUUCCAAGAUAUCGAAUUAUUGGACAGUCAUCUGGUAACCUGUCACAGAUAUCCAGCCGAACAGCAUCGUUGCGACAGCUGUCCUCGUGCGUACGCCUGGAGACCACUUCUCGUCCGUCAUCGCGCGAUAGUUCACGGUGACCUGAGGAAUUAUCCCUGCGAGAACUGUCCGAAGUCGGACAAACCGCAGGUCUUCACGGAUCCUUCGAACCUUCAGCGUCACAUCCGGACGCAUCACGUGGGAGCGAGGAGUCACGCGUGCACCGAGUGCGGAAAGACGUUCGCGACCAGUUCAGGGCUGAAGCAGCACACGCACAUCCACAGCAGCGUGAAACCGUUCCAGUGCGAGGUCUGUUUCAAGGCGUACACCCAGUUCUCGAAUCUAUGCCGGCACAAACGUAUGCACGCGGAUUGUCGCACGCAGAUCAAGUGCGUUAAAUGCGGGACACCGUUCAGUACGGUCACCUCGUUGUCGAAGCACAAGAGAUUCUGUGAUUCGACACCACCUACCGGUUUACCUGGCGCCAUGCCUCAAUUACCCACCUCGGCACCUAGCCCUUUCCUCGUUUACUCCAGACCACCUGUGAGUCUUCCAGGUAGUUUGCCCUUUUAUCCACCUAGUCUGAUGGGACCCUAUCCCGGAAUCUUUCCGAACGCUCCCAAUUUCCUCAACACGCCGCUCCUCUUCCCUCCGAAAGUCGAGGAGGCUGAGAAGAGAAGCGACAGCCCGAAGAAGGAACGCUUCACGCCACCCAGGGUGGUACAGGAUAGCAAAGUCUCUCCAUCCACAGCCGAGGAAGCUACGUCUUCGUUCAGACCGUCUCCAGCCAGACCACCUGUGCUACCUACUCCAGAAAGCGACGACGAUCCUUCGAAGAAACGGGAGACCAGUAGAAACAGGAAGAGGAAGAGGGAUUCCGAGCAUACUCCGUCAGCCACGAACGAAGAGACCACGGAUCAGCCUCUGGACCUGAGAGUCCCGACGAAGAAACAGAAGACGAAUUCUAACAAUCCAGAGAGGAAGAGUCACAGUCCGUCACCGACUCCAAUGGCCAUGGAAGAAGCUCCACCUCCUCCCGAACCUCCUAAGCAAGAAGAGGAAGCUUCCGCGCACGUGGAAGUCGAUUCCAAGGACAUACCGAGAAGUCCACAGUUGAGAACGAGUUUACCAACCGAACAACCACCUACCAACACUCCACCACACAUGGCCUACCCCAGACCAAUCCACCCGAUGUUUCUCGAGGCCAUGUACCGCGGACCAACCGGUUCCUUUCCAGGAUUUCCGGGUGGACCACCACCUCCUGGCGGCGCGAACCCGGAGUCCAGGCUGCUACCACCGCUGCCGCCGUUCGGACCGCCGCGUGGACUGCCUUUUUUAGGAACGCUUAUGAACGGGCUCAGUGGCGCUAGGCCAGGAGGCGGAGGAUUCGAUUUGCUGGCCAGGCCGCCGUUGGGACCGUUCCCCGGCGUGAAGCCGUUUCAAGAAUCGGUGAUCGCGCCUCACCAUCACCAUCAUCAUCAUCACGCUCACGGCAAGAUCAAGGAUCGGUACUCCUGCAAGUUCUGCGGCAAAGUGUUCCCCAGGUCCGCCAAUCUCACCAGACAUCUUCGUACGCACACCGGUGAACAGCCGUACAAGUGCAAGUACUGCGAGAGAAGCUUCAGCAUCUCGAGCAAUCUUCAGAGACACGUGAGGAACAUUCACGACAAACAGAGACCGUUCAAGUGUCCGCUCUGCGAGAGAUGCUUCGGUCAACAGACGAACCUCGACAGACAUCUGAAGAAGCACGAGGCUGACGACGGGAGUGGCGUGGUUUCCGUCGCAGAUUCGCCCGGGAGCAGCAACGAGAACGAACGAGAGGACGCGUACUUCGAGGAGAUCCGGUCGUUCAUGGGAAAAGUGACUUACAGCGGCGACGCUGGCUACGGACUGCCGCCUCAUCCUGCCUAUCUGCCGAGUCGAAUUCACGAGAUACACGAGUCCAAGAUGGAGAUCGAAUACGACGAGGACGAGGACAGCGAGGAGGGAGUGUCUCCCCUGGACGAAGCCGACGGUUUGUCGCCGGUCGAGGCGAAGGAGUCGACGCCACCGCCGCAGUACGAUCUGAAGCUGAGGGAGAAGCAGGAGCUGCUCAACAACAACACCGCUGAACCGGCCAUCGAAAUUUCCACAUAG